GAAUUCGUACCGCCCAACUGUCAAAAUGGAAAUUUUGAGUGAAAAAAGUAUUGCCGACCGUUUUGAAUCCGUUUUUCCCCAGUUUGUUAGUUUUGUUUGAUACAAAUCGGUGCUAGUGUUUUACAGUUAUUUAAGUUUACUCAAUCUGUUUCUUUAGAUGGUGCUAAGCAAUAAAAAAUUAGAAUCAAAUAGUACAUUCUGAAUACUCAAAAUACAUCAUGAUCAAUAAUAGUACAAAUGAAAAUAAAUCAGAUACUGAUGCAAAAACAGAACAGGCUGAUUCAAGUGCCAAACAGACUAGUGAUAAGUGCCUUCAACGUUCAUCAUCUGUGCUCAGUGUUUCAUCAAUAGCAUCUUCGGCUUCUAGUAUACCUGUUAAAAGAUCUGGACUAAAACCACCUUCAAAAAUUGGAAGGCCCUGCGAUGGUCAACAACAUAAACCUGCUGUUCCUACUUCACCAACAUCACACAAUUUAUUAGAAGAGGACCACAGGGACUUUCUACGCUUUAGCAGCAUGUCAACAAACAGAAGGCGUUAUUCCUCCACUGGUAGUUCAUCAUCUUCCAUGGAUCAUCUCUGGGAUUUGUACCCUCACCGUCUGAUAGAAGCAGGACUUAGCAGAUAUUCAGAUUCGAGUGCGAUUUUAACAGAAGAUACAGAUAGUUUCAUAAUUGGACAAAGGGUAUGGGUCGGAGGUACCAAACCCGGAACCAUUGCGUUCAUCGGGGAGACGCAGUUCGCCCCUGGAGAAUGGGCUGGCAUCGUUCUUGACGAGCCUAUAGGAAAAAACGACGGUUCUGUAGCCGGCAUCAGAUAUUUCCAAUGCGAAUCGAAAAAGGGGGUGUUUUCCAGGCUUACAAGGUUGACCAGGCAGCCCCUAGAAGUACCUCAUUCGCAGUCGAACGAAAGUUUUACGAGUGCUGCGAAUGGGGUGAGGAGUCCAGUAUCGCCUACCGGUAGUACCAGGAGUCUGUUGAGGUCGCCUCUUUCACAUCAUGCAUCGAAUAACAGUUUGGCUUCGAUGUCGACAUCGGUCACCAUCGACUAUAAAAUCGGUGACAGGGUCAUCAUAAAAAGUAGCCAGGGCUCCAAAGUGGGCACGGUCAGAUACAUUGGUUAUACUGAAUUCGCCCCCGGCGAAUGGGUGGGGGUGGAACUGGACGACCCCAGGGGGAAAAACGACGGAUCUGUCGAAGGUAAAAGAUAUUUCGCCUGCCAGCCGAACUACGGACUGUUUGCGCCGGUCAAUAAAGUCAGUAAGUCGCCGUCGAAAGUAAAACCUGGCUCAUGCGCUGUGCACAAUUCUGGCCUACCUCCCUCCGGGCUCAGAAGGUCCGGCUCUAAAGAGUCGAUGACCAGCGCAGCUUCCAGCGUGAGAAGGGUAAGGCUUGGUGUGAAUUCCCUAACCCCUAAGAAACUACCUUUGAAGUCGCAAAGUCCGUCAACGCCAAGGCCAUCUCUACAGGAUAUGGUGAAAGAAAAACAACAACACAUCGAGCAGCUUCUCAAGGAACGAGAUUUGGAGAGACAAGAAUUCACCAAAGCAGCUAGCCAAGCAGAAGAUGCAGAACAGCAGCUUAUUGCCAUCAAGAAAGAAUUUGAUGCUUACCGUGCAGAAUGUGAGAAGAAGCUACAAGAACAUUUGGUCCUUCUGUCGGAACUCAAGAAAGAUCGCACUGAGAUACUAGGGCAGCUUGAGGAUGAAAAGAAGAAGAAUGAAGACCUACUUUUCAGGUUUGAAGAGGCAGCCAUCCUCAAGAGUGACGCAGAAGCUCUUCUGGAUAAGAAAAAUAUAGAGAUGGAUGAACUGAAGAAGCUACUUGAUAUCGAACGAAUGCGUGCCGAUGAAACUGAAAAAAAUGCCAAUAAGUUAUUCGAAACCGAAGAGAAUUUAAUAAAAGCCAACGAAGAGAUAGAAAAAUUAAAAAUUGAACUGGAUAAUCUAUCAUUGGACCAAAAAAGCCUCAAAGAAGAACGAUCGAUGACGACAGACCGAUCAGAAAUACUCGAGAAAGAACUAGAUAUAACUAAAAAGCAACUUGUUGAGAUGAACACAAUCAGGAACACUUUGAGUCAACAAUUGACAACCGUUAACAUCGAAAACGUUCAAGUGAAAGAGUCGGUUGAAGAAUUGAAACAGAAAUUAAUUUUGUACGAAAAAGAAAUAACGCAAAAGAACGACAUGAUUACUAAUUUGAAAACCGAAUUGGAAUCCACCAAACAACGACUAACUGACAAUGAAAAUCAGGUGCAAGAAUUACAAUCGGAACAAUGUAAGCAGCAAACAGAUUUGAGCAAAGAUUUAGAAAAGCUAAAAAUGGAGAUCAGCAGCAAAUCAUUUGAUUUAGAAACGGCACAAGACGAAUUGAGAAAAAAGCAAGCAGAAAUUGACGCUCUGAUGAAAACCUCUGAAGAAACCAAGCACAUUUACGAAACUCAAAUAGACGACAAAGUUAAGCUUCAUAACGAAACUACAGAAACAUUGAAUAAAGAACUAAACAGAGUAAAAGAAGAACUACUCAACGCGAAAGAAGAAAUAUCGAAAAUUUCUCAAAAUUCUCAAGAAAAUUUGAAGGAAUUAAUCGAAGACAAAAAGCGCCUCGAAGAAGAAUUGGAAAAAAAUAAACUUGAUAUUCUGAAUAGCACCAGGAGUUUCGAAGAAGAAUCAAACUGUCUCAAAACGAAAAUCAGAGAGAGCGAAGAAGAAAUACAGAAAUACGAGAAACAGGUCAAUUCUUUGAAAGAGGAACUUGAUGAUUUGAAAAGAUCAGCCAACUCAUCGAAUUCUGAACUUCAAAAUGAAUUGGUACAAGUUAAACAAAGCAACGCAAAAAUGAUCGAAUCUUUACAAAACGAUUUGAAGAAAAUAGACGAAGAUAAAAAUGAGUUAUCGUCAAGUUAUGCCAAGGUACAGCAGGAUCUCGAGACUAAAACGAAAGAACUAGAAAAGAGGGAGAAUUCUCUGAAAACACUGAAUGAAGAAUCUUUCAAACUGAAGGAAGAGAAACAAAAGCUCGAUCUCGAUAUUGAACAUCUGAAAAAGACCCUAGAGUCCAUGGAGAGAAAAAUUGAAGAUUAUGAAAGUCAGAAGAAAGUGGCAACAUCUUCAAAUUCUGAGCUUCAAACGCAAUUGCAACAAAUGAAAGAAGAAAACGCCAAAUUGAUCGAAUCGUUACAGAACGAUCUGAAAACUGAGAAGGAAAAGAUGAACUCCUUAUCGUCGAAAUAUGCCAAAUUGGAAAACGAGCUCGAGACAAAGUUGACGCAACUACAAACUCUAGAAUCUUCAGUGAAAACAAUCACCGAAGAGUCCGUAAAGUUGAAUGAAGAAAAGCAAAAGCUCGAUCUUAGUAAUGGAGAUUUGAGAAGAACUAUCGAAUCUAUGGAGAAGAAGAUAGAAGACGAUGAAAUACGCAAGAAACAGAUGUAUGAAGAAAUACAAUCGCUGCUCAAUUCUUCCGGUGAUAAUAGCGCUAAACUUGAAGAAAUGCGUACGAAACUAUUCGAAAAUGAAACAUUGAUCGACAAAACGAAGAAGGAAUAUGAAGAAAAGCUACAAAAUCUCGAACGCCAAGUACAAGAAAGGAAUAUGAAACUGGAAGAAAAAGAUAUCCAAGUUGCAAAAAUAGCAAAGGACCUCUCGGCAGCAGAACAAUCUUAUGCUGAAUUAAAUAACUCCAAGAAGAAACAUAUCGAAGAACUACACGAAGAAAUUAAUAAAAUUAAAGAGUUGCAUAACAAGGAAAAAGAGGAUCAACAUAAAAUUCUUGCAGACAAAGAAGUACAAUUCGAAAAAAUGAAGAACGAUUACAAUCAGAAACUACAAACUAUUGAAAUAACAAUUCAGGAAAGAAAUUCGAAUUUAGAAGAAAAGGAACGUCAAAUAAUGGAACUUGAAAAAAAAAUGUUAGAGAUACAAUCAUCUACGGGAAUUCAGGAAGUGAACUAUCAGCAACAAAUUGAUAAGUUACAAAAGGAAAUAGAAGAAAUUCAACAGCAAUGUGCCUUACAUAAUGAUAGUUACCAGAAGGAAAUUUCAGCGAAAGAAUCUGCUCUCCAACAACAAUCUUCAACGAUUGAAAGUUUGGAAAACAAGCUAAAAGAACAAAUACAGAAGGGCGAGUCUUAUGUAGAAGAAAUCGUCAGAUCUUAUCAAGAAAAAAUUGAAGUUUUCAAUAAAGAACGAGAAGAAAAUGAAAAAAUAACAAAGACACUCCAAUCAGAACUGAAGGAAAACAAGGAAUUAAAUGAAAAACUCCAAAAAGAUUACGAAUUAGAAAUGAACGACUUGAAAAAUACAAUUGAGAAAUUGACAGUAACUGUUUCAGAAAUUUCUUCACAAAACGAAAAACUUAAACAACAAUUAGAAACUUCGCAAAACGAAAUCCAACAGAAAAAUGAAGAAAUUAUCGAUAUUAAAAGAAAUAAUGACGAGAAAGAGCAAAUGAUGUUGAAAAAAAUUGAAGGAAUUGAAGAACAACUAUCAAAUUCGACUGAAGAAUCUUCUGAAAAGAUAUCUAAAUUAAACAUAGCGAAUGAGGAUUUGAAGAGUAAAUUAGAAAAUAAAGUCAAAGAAUUUGAAGAUAUUAAUUUGAAAUUAAAAGAGUAUGUUCAGAAGCAAGAAAUGAAUUUGAAUGAAAAAGAACAAAGUUAUCUCAAUCAAAUAUCUGCUUUGGAAUCACAAAUGGUUGGAUUGAAAAAAGUUCUUGAAGAAUCAACUACUCACAAACAAAAUAUUGAAAAGGAAUUUACGGAGAAAUGUGCAGCUUAUGAUGUAAUUAGUGAAGAAUUAAAGAAUUUAACGCAGAAGGUUAAGCUUGAUGAAGAGAAACUCAAUGAAAUGCAAGAAGAUAAGUUGAAACUUCAAGAAGCUCUUGAAGGUUCCACCAAUAGUUUGAAAGAAAAAGAUAGUCAGUAUAGAGAAAUUCAUAAUCAAAUGGAGAAAAUGAACGAAAAAUACAAAUCGCUUGAAAGUGCAUUUAAUGAAGAAAAACAAAAAAUUUCGGAAAUGACGAAUAUCAAUAAUGAAAAAGAAGGGAGUUUACAAAAGAAAUGUGAAGAACUUACUGCCAAACUUGAAAUUGCUUCAGAUCAGUCUAGAAAAAAUGAGAUGCAAAGGACACAUUUAUUAGAAGUUCUACAGCAGUUACAGUUCACACAAAAGCAGAAGAACGAUUUGUUAAGAAUACUGAAUAAACAACAGAAUAGUGAUCUGCAUGCAAUUCUGAUGAACUUGAACGACAGUUAUGAGGACGAAUCGAUGAAAAAUAGGAUUGAGGAACUGGAGAGAAAUUUGGAGAAAUGUAAACUUGAACUUGAUGAGGAAAGAAGGAAAUUUGCUACACAAAGUACAGAAAUUUACGUUUUGGAACAAAAAUUGAACUCUGUUGCAGUUAAACAGAAUCAUGCCGAUAUGAAUCCUAAAGAUGUAGCUGAGAAAAGCACGUCAAACAAUAAUGAGCAUUGCGAUUAUCAGCAACUAUUGGAGGAUAAAAUCUUGGCUGAAGAUCAAGUCAAGUUUCUCAAUUCGAUUAUAGUGGAUAUGCAGAAGAAAACUGAGGAACAGAAAAUGAAAAUUGAGAUUUUGGAGUUGGGUUAUAGUCCUGCAGCCGCCGACGAGUUGAAUCUGAUGGGAUUCUCUUCCAGUACGAGGCAGUUACCACCAAGAAUGUACUGCGAUAUUUGCGAUUGUUUUGACCUACACGAAACGGAGGAUUGUCCCAAGCAAAUGUCAGAAGAUAUGCCUCCUCCUCCACCGAGAAUUGAUAAACUUAAGAAAAUACCAGAACCAAGGCCCUACUGUGAAUUAUGUGAAGUAUUUGGCCACGAAACCCAGGACUGUCAAGAAGAUGAAACUUUUUAGAUGAAUAUUUUAGGAAAUUUUAAUUGUUAAUAAAUAGAAAUAACAUGUGAUAAAAUAAUUUAUUUUGUUUAAUGUUGAUAUUGUUGCUUGAAAUCAAUAAAAUACAACGAAUUUUUAA